AUGUACCAGCACAACGUCUCAACGCUCAUGGCCGCCAAAGCUCGUCCGUUCUCGAUAUCCGGUCACAUUCCGCUAGAUCCAAAAGCGCUGAUGGUCUUCUUCCGUUCUCAGAGUGGGAUUACACACGCACUGGAUUUCCCUAUUGACGUCGAAGUGGAGGCGCCGCCUUCAUUAGACGUACUCAUCGCAGCUUGUAAGCCGCAUGCAACCUGCGAAAUGGAUGGGUUCUCGGAUCGCGAGUCGUUGUACUAUCCGCCGAAUCUAUCACUGACUACAACGCUCGAAUUGGCGGGUCACCCGAUUCUGGAGGCGAUCCGAACCACGUUGUUUCCGCGCCUCGCGUCGGGGCAAUACCUCGUAGCCGUGCGGGAUGUGAUGCAGCUCGUACCCACAGGAGGGCACAUGUGCCCACAAAGGCGCUUGACUCAAGAGGAAGGCAAGGUUGCAACACUGGUUGUCACAUUACCUGUGCGGUUCCGUGGUGGAGCGCUGACGGUGCAUGAUUUUGAGGGUAAUGAGGAGAAAUACUACGGCAGAGGCGGGAAACCGGGCGACCUAGAGUGGACUGCGUUUCUAGCGGACUGCGAUCACGAGGUGGAGACCGUACAUAGGGGUGUCCGUUUGACCAUUUCGUAUAAUGUCCUCCUUCGCACUUAUGGUCCCUCACCUUCCCCGUCCCAGUCACUCAUGCUUCCGAGUGAUCGGUUUCUUGACUUGAUCGCACCAAUACUUAAUAUGUCAAGGGGACAACACAUCGCCUUUUACCUGCGCGAACAGUAUGGCUGUUCUCCGGCUGAUGCAUUGGCGGAAUCUCUGGUUCCUAAUCUGAAAGGCGGUGAUGCACUGUUAUAUCAUUCCCUCCGUUUGUACAAGCUCACUCCGGAGCUGCGCUGGGCUGCGGGAGGUUAUAUCUGGCCAGUCGACUCAACAGUCCAAUGCGGGAACUUCUUCCAUAACUCUCCGCGACCACUACACAACAACCUCCGCAGUCCACUAGCCAGCACAAAGCAACUGGUGACUCCCGGCGGGCGUACACGACGCAUAUACUCUGGUAUACCACGAAAAGCGAUCACGAACGGGAACGGAAAUGGGUUCUCGUCGCUCUACCACGAACCGGGUUCGGACUCGACGGAUGAAGAUGAGCUAGAUGAUCGGCAUGAUGCUGUUAUUUUACGUACGCGCGUGGAGGAGAGCGGUGCAAUGCCAAUCGCGCAGACGGGGAUUCGGGUGCUUGCGGAUGAUACGCUUGGGGUAGGUGAUUCGGUGACGAAGGAGAGAGUGCCGUAUAUCUCGGCAGGUGGGCUCGAAAAGUUGAUCAUUAAUGUGUUGUUGGUCGUCUAUGUUCCGUGA